AUGGAAUUGGUUGUGUUGAGUGUUGACAUUGAUAUGAAACAAAUUGGGGCUGACUUUUACACUAGUAAUUUGCAUAAAUGGUUCUUUUGCCCACCUUCAGUAGCCUUCUUGUAUUUUAGAAGGUCUACAAAUAACUCUGAUUUGCAUCAUCCUGUGGUUUCCCAUGAGUUUGAAGGCGGCAUUGAUGGAAUCAAGAAAAGGAACCAUGAAGCAGUUGUUGAGAUGGGGAAUAUGUUAGUGAACGCAUGGGGAACUCAUCUUGGUUGUCCUCCGGAGAUGUGUUCUAGCAUGGUUAUGGUCGGUUUACCUGCUUGUUUGGGAAUUUCAAGUGAUCAAGACGCAUUGAAAUUACGAACAAAUUUACGGGGCAAGUUUGGUGUUGAAGUUCCAAUAUAUUAUCGAGCACCAAGGGAUGGAAAGGUUGGUCCAGUAACAGGGUAUGCUCGAAUUUCUUAUCAAAUUUACAAUAAGGUUGACGAUUAUUACAAGUUCAGAGAUGCAAUUAAUCAACUUGUUCAGAAUGCAUUCACAUGUGCAUCUCUUGCAAAUUGA